CUAUUCCUAUUUUUCUUUGUCUCCCACCCUAACACUGGCAAUCUUAACCGGCCAUUAUUCACUGUCACCUUUCGCAACUGCUCCUCAGUCUUCGUCCAGUUCGUCCACUCGCCAGAAGCCCAGUUUCUAUCCUGCAUUCCGGCCUCAGGGCCAGAUUUCUACGGCAUCUGUCUGUAGGCAUUUGAAAGCAAACCAUGUUUUGCUCACCUUUACUCACGAGCAGACGCCACAGGCUCAGCUGUUGCUAGCAUCAGACUUUUGUCUGCAGCAGUGCAGAAUCACUCCCUUCCAAACAAUGCCAGUCUUAUUAGAGCCAUUGUGA